AAGUAUAAUCCCGUCGCCAAGGCACCGUGUUCGCGGCAUCCGCGCUUCCCGUCGCCGAAUUAAUCGAGCAAACAGUGCCGGCUAGCCGUCUGUGAGGAUAUUUUUCGCGAUCCCGACAUUUUUCGCCGGUAAUUUCGUCGAGCCGCAUGGCGUCGCGCCGCGACCGCGGCGGCAGCCGCUGUUGCUUCGCCCGCCUUCGAUAUGGCUCUCGGAGACGGGCAGACAAAAUCCGCCCUUUUUCGUUAGGUCUCGGUGCAUUGUUCUGUGUGCGGGCGUCACGAGCGUCGCGAGCGUCGCGGCUUUUCCGGAGAGAUAGGGAGAGAGGAAAGUGCCGUUUGCGCGUCGUCUACGGGGAGUCGGCUUCUCUGUGCGAGUGUCGCCGUCCGUCAAGAUAGUCAUCGCGGUGUGAAUAAUCCCAAGUGCUUCGGCGAAAAGCGCUGAUGUAAUAACGGCCCUGGGAGUCGGCUAUUGAAAGGGGCAGGAAUGCCGAAGGAGAGGAGAAAGAGGAGAGAGACCGGAAACGCAAUAAUGGCGCUCGCCGCUUGUCAAGGAUCGCUUUUCGCGUGCUGCCAGUGUUGCCGGGCCUUCUUCGAAUCUCGUCUCCUCGUCGGCUUAUUUCGUUUCUCCGAUCACCAGCUGGAAAAUAUCGGCCGCGUCGCUCAACCGUAUGGCGAGUAGUUAACGCAUUCGACUGUCUUGGAAACUCCGAUCCUUGCGCAAGGAAGUCGCGCUGUCGAGGCAUGCUGUCCUAGUCGGAGGCGUGAAAAGCGAGAAAAAUACCGAUCUAAUUGUCGCCGAAUUUCCGGCACACGCGGUCGUCUCUCUCGGCCCGAGUUCCAGUCGAGAGGAACGUUCCGCUUGCGCGAAUUGAUCGCGAUUCGCGGCCAUCCGGCUUCUCUUUUCUUCUCGCCGCAGAUGGAAAUCUCUGCGGGAAAGCCAGCUUCGCUCGGCAGAUGUUUUCUCAAAGCCACGGGAGGGAUGACGAGUCGUGGGAAAACGUGGCAACAGAGCGUCGGUAGCGAAAAGUCGCUGUGCGGGGAAGGUCUCUAUCUCUCUCUCUCUCUCUCUCUCUCUCUCUCAGCAACGCUGCUUCCUCUCUCGCGCAACUUACAAAAUGGCUGCCGCCGAUGCCGUUUCGAGAACGUUCAAGGGGGCACCGCGCGGAGCCACGUGGAUCUCGUGCGUCGUACUAAAGCGACUUCGGAGCCGGGGAGAGCGCUAAUCUAGAUCAGCCGAGCCGACAGCUUGGCGCGUUGACCAAGUGCUUUUGAAUCAGCAUUUCGUUGCGAAACGCGCUAAAAUUUUUCAAAUUUAAAUAUCGCCGCUUUUUGGGAUUUGACCAGACCGAUACAAACAGGCAAUCACAAUGGGUAAGGAGAAGGUUCACAUCAACAUCGUCGUCAUCGGACACGUAGAUUCCGGAAAGUCGACCACCACUGGUCACUUGAUCUACAAAUGCGGUGGUAUCGACAAGCGUACCAUCGAGAAGUUCGAGAAGGAAGCCCAGGAGAUGGGUAAGGGUUCCUUCAAGUAUGCCUGGGUCUUGGACAAACUGAAGGCCGAGCGUGAGCGUGGUAUCACCAUCGAUAUUGCUCUGUGGAAAUUCGAGACUUCCAAGUACUACGUCACCAUCAUCGACGCUCCCGGACACAGAGAUUUCAUCAAGAACAUGAUCACUGGUACGUCGCAGGCCGAUUGCGCCGUGUUGAUCGUCGCUGCCGGUACUGGUGAAUUCGAAGCCGGUAUCUCCAAGAACGGUCAGACCCGUGAGCACGCUCUGCUUGCCUUCACUCUUGGUGUCAAGCAGUUGAUCGUUGGUGUCAACAAGAUGGACUCCACCGAGCCACCCUACUCGGAGGCUCGUUUCGAGGAAAUCAAGAAGGAAGUAUCUUCCUACAUCAAGAAGAUCGGUUACAACCCAGCCGCUGUUGCCUUCGUCCCCAUCUCUGGAUGGCACGGAGACAACAUGUUGGAGCCAUCCACCAAAAUGCCCUGGUUCAAGGGAUGGGCUGUUGAGCGCAAGGAAGGCAAGGCCGACGGCAAGUGCCUCAUCGAAGCUCUUGACGCCAUCCUGCCACCCAGCAGGCCCACCGACAAAGCCCUUCGUCUUCCCCUCCAGGACGUCUACAAGAUUGGUGGUAUUGGAACGGUACCCGUCGGUCGUGUCGAGACUGGUGUGCUGAAGCCCGGUAUGGUCGUCACCUUCGCCCCAGCUGGACUCACCACUGAGGUUAAGUCCGUCGAAAUGCACCACGAAGCUCUGACUGAGGCCGUCCCCGGAGACAACGUUGGUUUCAACGUUAAGAACGUUUCCGUCAAGGACUUGCGUCGUGGAUACGUCGCUGGUGACUCCAAGAACAACCCACCCAAGGGAGCCGCUGACUUCACCGCUCAGGUCAUCGUCCUGAACCACCCUGGUCAGAUCAGCAACGGAUACACGCCCGUGCUCGAUUGCCACACGGCCCACAUUGCUUGCAAGUUCGCCGAAAUCAAGGAGAAGUGCGACCGUCGUACCGGUAAAACCACCGAAGAGAACCCCAAGGCCAUCAAGUCUGGUGAUGCCGCCAUCGUCAACCUUGUGCCCAGCAAGCCCAUGUGCGUAGAGGCCUUCCAGGAGUUCCCACCCCUGGGACGUUUCGCUGUCCGUGACAUGCGUCAAACCGUCGCUGUCGGUGUCAUCAAGGCCGUCAACUUCAAGGACGUUAGCGGCAAGGUCACCAAGGCUGCCGAGAAGGCCCAGAAAAAGAAGUAGUCUUAGUUUCCGCGCAUUCGAUCCGCCGGACGACGCUCUGCUGUUCCGGAGUUCAAUGGCGGCAGCGCCGCCAGCAGCACCAUUACCACCACUACCAUCAUCAGCAUCGACGCCGCCACCGCCGCUUAGUCCCGCCGCCGCCUCGCCAUUGCGGGGCUACUGCCAUAGCGAAAUCUGCUGUUGCAGCAGCCUUGCCCUCGCCCUCACCGACGAGCGGCUGGUCCAUCUACCAAGGCGGCUCCGACGGCACUUCUUCCAUCGCAAGGAGUUCCGCAGGAAAGGAGGCUCGCCCGCCUCGCGGACGGGGACGGAUGGGGGACGACGUAUGUCAGACUCGGUGGAGGAGGGUAUACGGUGCUGUUAACAGCGCGCCGUCAAUGCUAUAUAUAAUUUGUGUACACCUGUUUCACAAAAAAGGAAUGGAAGACAAGAAGACAUCAACAACAAAACAACAUCAUAAUUUAGCUCAGCUUAAUUAUAUUUUCUAAUUAUUAUACGGAAAUAAUAAAUCCUAUAUCUGCGAUACUCGAGAAACAUCUCAUUUUUUUAAUUACCGUUCGUUAUUUUUUUACUCUACACCGUUGUUCACAAACACAAAACGUAUAUUAAUGCAUAUAUAUAUAUACACAAGUAAUAAUGUCAAUUGGCGCCUGGCGCUUCAACUUUCUUUUUCUGAUCUUCCAUUUUUUUAAAUUUUCCAACUUGUUCUCUAGCUUAUUGUAUACUGGAGGAGUAAUUUUUUAUAAAUGUUAAUUUUUAAUGAAGACUAAUCCUUGAAUAAUAAAAUAAAAAAAAUCUUAAAAACAAAAAAAAACAUUGAACCAAAUCUGCGCCUGUAGAUCGAAAGAUUAACUCGCCGGCUACUUUUUUUAAUUGUUUACUUUCUUCGAUCAUUCUGACCGCGGAGAGAGUAUGACUGCUGAACAAAAAAAAAAUUAAAACAAUUUCUACGAAAUAUGCUUCAACGGCCAUCCUUUUGUUUCUUUUUUACUUUCAAAAUUUCGCAAGUCUGAUAAUCAAGGAAUCAAAUUUACUGAUGUUUCUUAAUCGCAUGCAUGCACUUUUAAACGAAUCGGUCUACGAUUUGUGUACUGUAUACCUAUUUUUUUGUGACAGUUCUCUGUACAUACAUAUAAUUAAUGGUAAUAACGAUUGAGCGCGAAAUAAAAAAGCUGUGGAAACAA